AAAUCGCCAUUGAAGUCUCUUUUCAAAUGGAUGUCACCUUUGAAACCCAAAGAGGCAAACCGUUUUCCAUUGAAGUUGUUUUCUUCGAUACAGUUCUUGAAAUCAAAGAGAAAGUCCAGAAAUACCAGGGAAUACCCAUACCUAAUCAAACCCUAGUCUUCAAUGGCCAAGUCCUUCAAGACGAACGAGACGUCGAGUACUGUGAAAUCCUACAAGACUCGCGUAUUCAACUACUCGUGGCUUCCGAUUCUGAUACUAAUAAUAAUAAACAGCAACCCCAAGCCAAUGAACAACAAUGUUCAUCGCCGUUGAAGAAGAAAAUACAACUCCACGUCAAUACCCCAUCGUCGAAAACCUCGCUCCAUCUCGAAAUGGACUCGAACGACACUGUUUUAAAGGAGAAGAUUCACGAUCAAAUGGAACCUUUCCUGGUUAACCGCCUAGUAGUUCAACCAACUGGUGCCGAGUUACAAGCAAAUCGGUCAGUAGGGGACUGUGAGCCGACGGAGAAUAACGAUGUCGAUGCCAAUAUCAAGCCGUCGCCUACAAGUUCGGGGACGGGGUCGGCGGGUGCUGCUGCAGCGGGUUCGAAGAAGUUGAAGCUGUUGGUGUUGCCAAAGAUGGGGACGAAGAAGAUACCGGUGGAAAUGAACGCGACGGAUACUGUUGGGGAGCUAAGGAAGGAGCUGCAAAAGUUGCACCAAAGGCUUCAUUUUCAUUUGCCACAAGACGGCUACUUUUUCAUUUAUAAACAGAAUGUGAUGGACGAUGAUCGGUCGUUUAGGUGGCAUCAAGUUGCCCAAGGUGAUACUAUUGAGAUCUUUAAUGGUAGUGUUACUGGUGGAUCAUGA